AUGGCGUGGGGAAAACAGCAGCAACAGCCGCAACAAGAAUGCCAGGAACCGGUUAAUGCGAGUCCCAGUCCUCCUUCCUAUGACGCAGAUUCCAAAUACAACAUCGACUCGACAGACACUCCCUACCGCUACGCCGCAUACGCAAACAGAGCCCGCACAAUCCUCCUCUCCGCCCACCGUUACGUCGCCUACACCUCCGACAUAGGCGAGUCCUUCCGUCCCGUCGUCCACCCCUACCUCGUCCGCACCGCGUACGGCAUCUCCUGGACCUAUGUCAUCGGCGAUGUCGUCCAUGAGGGGUACAAGGCAUAUCAGCGGAAUCGAGCUGUUCUAGCCGAUAAUGCUCGGUCCCAGCGGGGACUACAGUCGCAGUCGCAGUCGCAAUCUUCGACCGUUCCGCUGAUAGACGACUACCGACUCAUCAUGGCAAAGCGCAUGACCUUCCAGAGCCUGGCGAGCAUGGGCUUUCCCGCCUUGACGAUCCACAGCGUCGUCAAGUAUUCUGGGAAGAUGCUGAGGAAUGCCAAGACGGCGUUUGUGAGGACUUGGGCGCCUAUUGGACUCGGUCUCUCCGUCGUCCCCUUCCUCCCCUACGUCUUCGAUAAACCCGUCGAAGAAGCUGUUGAAUGGUCCUUCCGUGAAGCCGUCCGCGCGUGUGCCGGUGAGGAUGCUGUGCGGUCUUUAUCUAUCCCGUCCGAGGGGAGUGUGGUUGCUGCUCUGAAGGAUGCCGCUCCCGUCGUGUCCCAGAUAGAAACAGAAACAAAGAAGAACCCCGAGCGGGAGCAAGGGAACGGCAGACGUCAUUAUUGGGGGUAUUUUUGGAGUUCGAGCAAGGAGAAGACGGAGUGA